AUGGCGAACGGCUUGGUGAUGGGUGGUGGUCUGGCGUCGGAGGCGAUGGCGCCAGAGCCAGAGUGCACAGGCUGGACGGCCGAGGAGGAGCCGGCCAGCCUAGAGAAAGGUUUGUUCCAAGAGGAAGACUCAUGCAGUGACUGUAGCAACCAUGAUAAGGCAGGUACUAGUUUACAAAGUUUUGUGCUAGAAAGUAAAACACUUUUCCCGGAAAUUUUCCAAACAAGUCAACUUCUGUUCUAUGAGCGGUUCAGAGCGUAUCAAGAUUACAUUUUAGCUGACUGCAAGGCCUCUGAGGUAAGAGAAUUCACAGCUGAGUUCUUGGAGAAGGUCGUUGAACCAUCUGGAUGGCGGGCAGUCUGGCACACUAAUGUGUUCGAGGUGCUGGUUGAGGUCACUGACGUGGACUUCUCUGGGUUGAAGGCAGUGGUGAGGCUUGCUGAGCCGUACCUCUGUGAGUCUCGAGUGAGCACUUUUACCUUGGAGUGUAUGAAUGAGCUGCUUGAUCUGAAGGAACAUCGGUUGCCCCUGCAGGAGCUGUGGGUGGUGUUCGAUGAUUCUGGAGAGUUUGAUCAGACAGCACUUGCAAUCGAGCAUGUCAGGUUUUUCUACCAAAACAUUUGGAGGAGUUGGGAUGAAGAAGAGGAGGAUGAGUAUGAUUAUUUUGUCAGAUGUGUUGAACCUCGACUGAGAUUGCAUUAUGACAUUCUUGAAGACCGAGUUCCAUCAGGACUAAUUGUCGACUACCGCAAUUUGCUGUCUCAGUGUGAGGAGAGUUACAGGAGGUUUUUAAAUCUGAGAAGCAGUUUGUCAAAUUGUAACUCUGACUCUGAGCAGGAAAACAUCUCUAUGGUGGAAGGGUUAAAAUUGUAUUCGGAGAUGGAACAGUUGAAACAAAAGCUUAAACUCAUCGAGAAUCCUUUAUUGAGAUAUGUGUUUGGUUACCAAAAGAAUUCUAACAUCCAAGCAAAGGGUGUUCGAGUGAGUGGUCAGAAGGUUACCCACGUGGUUUCCUCCACCAUGGUGACUGGUCUGCUGCAGUCCCUGCUCAGGGACAAGCUUUGUCAGCAACCUUGUGAGGAAGAAACAGAAAUUCAGUUCCAUGGCGAUCCGUUGUCUGCUAUAAAUGCCUGCUAUGAAGGCGACACUGUUAUUGUAUGUCCUGGCCAUUAUGUGGUACAUGGCACAUUCUCCAUUGCUGACUCCAUUGAGUUGGAAGGAUAUGGUUUACCAGAUGAUAUUGUGAUAGAAAAGAGGGGCAAAGGAGACACUUUUGUGGAUUGUACAGGUGUGGAUAUUAAAAUCUCAAGCAUAAAAUUUGUUCAGCAUGGUGCUGUAGAAGGAAUCUUAAGCAUUCACCGUGGCAAAACUACAUUGGAAAACUGUGUACUGCAGUGUGAAACUACAGGAGUCACAGUACGAACAUCAGCAGAAUUAUUAAUGAGGAACUCAGACUUAUAUGGUGCCAAGGGUGCUGGAAUAGAAAUAUAUCCCGGCAGUAAGUGCACCCUGAGUGACAAUGGGAUCCAUCACUGCAAAGAAGGGAUACUCAUUAAGGACUUCUUAGAUGAGCAUUAUGACAUCCCCAAAAUAAUCAUGGUGAAUAAUGUCAUACACAAUAAUGAAGGUUAUGGCGUUGUCUUGGUGAAACCUACAAUCUUCUCUGACCUGCAGGAAAAUGUCCAAGAUGAAACUGAAGAAAAUAAAGCACUUAAAAUUCAGACAAGUGGAGAGAUAGAUGCAGCUGAAAAAGUGGAUUUAGAAGAGCUGAUUCACUGUGCGACUGGAAAAAUGGAGCUUUACGCAAAUUCCGACAUUUCAGAGCAAAUCGAAGGCAAUUGUGAGAUUGUGAAUGAGCUAGUUGCUGCCUCCACCAAGAAAGGCCAGAUGAAGAAGAAAAGGUUGAGUGAACUGGGAAUCAUGCAAGCUGAUGACAACUUAAUGUCACAAGAGAUGUUUAUUUCUAUUGUGGAAAACCAGUUCAGGUGGAAUGGGAAAGGGAGUUUUGGCACAUUUCUUUUCUGACAACUAUACUGUGAACAGGUAUCAAAAUAUUGGAUUUUGCACGUGCUGCCCUGAGAAUCACCGCUGCUGUCGUAGUUUGCUUCUUGUCUGUAUCUGAUGUUCGGUGCACUCCGUUGGGUUUGAGUGUUAUGUAGAUGUAUUUCUGUCGGCAGAUAUUGCACAGAAGACACUCCCCCUUUAUAAGGAAGGUCGUUAAAACAUAAAAUAGAAAAUAUUUGGAGAGUUUUUUUUUAUUAUUAUUAUUUAGAAAGUCAUCUUUCCUAGACACAUCGUUCUCUCAUAUUAAACCUGUUUGUAACUUUCUAGUGUAAAUACACUUUAAUCCAGCACUUCAAAGAGAAGGCGCAAAGCCAGAAUGCACGCUGAGUGCAUGGAAAUGUGAUAGGGGUCAUACGUGCACUGCUCUUCUCAUUGUCGUCUUUUUAUCCCAAUUUCAGUGAGUUUGAUUUCCAAGUGGUAUUUGCAUAAUACUUGCCUUAAAAUAAAAGCUUUUAUGAUUGGGAAGUUAUCUGCCUAAUCAGACUUAUUAUUGAGAAUCUGAGUGGGUUGCAUUUUUAUGUUAAACUGUGCAAUCAUUAAAAUGGUAAUAGAUAGCAGAGCAGGUUUGAAGCAGAAAUGAAAGGUAUUGUUCAGAGCCAGUGUGUACAUAAAGCAUUUUCAUUUAUUGCUGAAUAUGAAUGAUUAAAAAACAAGUAUUUUUC